UUAAUUAUAUUGCACCACAUCAAUUUUCUUUCUUAUAGUUUCACAGCCACACUAUGUCUAAACGCUUUAAGAUGAAAUUUACAAUCCCUUCUUUUCAAAUGUGUCGCUCCAAUGACCUUUCCUCUUUCCCCGGGAAUCCAGGCCCUGCCAUAUACCGUCUUUCUCCUGUCAACUCCAAAGCACAUGACAUAGGGUAUCCAAACCUUCCUGCUUUGUCGCCGGAACACCAAUGCAGUGUGUCAUCAAAGGUCAAGAAAGUGAAAUCCAAAGGCCGGAAAAGUACAUCCGACGUUCCUUCAAGAAGAAGUGAGUUUCUAAUUGAUAAAAUCAAUGAAGAGGAAAGUGAAUCGUUGAUUUCUUGCUUAGCAAGAUUCUCGGAAGACGAGAAGGUCCAUUCGUCUAGUACUAUGGACAGUAAAGUUAAGGCUAUCUCAAAUUUUAGUGAUAAAAAGGAGAAUAAAGAUUUAACUAGCGCAAAUAGAAGGACGCUAAGUCGUGUAAAGAAGGUUGAGAGAGUGAGGUUUCAAAGUAUUACAGAGAAUCAAAGAGGAAAAGAAACGAAGGUUAUGUCAAGUAGAAUGGAAGAGAAUCGAAGAGGAACCGAAACGAAGGUUAUGUCAAGUAGAAUGGAGGAGAAGGUAAAAGAAAGCUUUGCUUUGGUGAAAAAGUCAAAGGAUCCUUACGAAGACUUCAAGAAAUCAAUGUUAGAGAUGAUAGAAGAGAUGGAAAUGUCUGAAGCCAAGGACUUGGAGCAACUAUUGCAGUGUUUUUUGGCUCUGAAUUCUAGAGAUUAUCAUGGAGUAAUUGUGCGAGCUUUCAUGGAGAUUUGGCAACAAAUGUUCGUUUGGAAUCCUAAGUCGAUUACAAAUCUUCAAACAAGUGUUCAAACUAAGGAUGUGGAAUUGUAGAUUACAAAGAAUUUUAGCAAUUUUGUUUGUCUUUUCCUUUUGAUAUCUUGUGUGUGUGAGAUAUAGACUUGUAUGGUAUGCAUUGGUAUAUUGGAUUGUUUCUUGAUGUUUUAUCUGGA